CCCUCCAGUCCGGUGUGUAUUCAAUUCAUUCAUCUAGAAUCUUCCACUGUAAGAACUGUGCCACUUAUUCUGACAUUAACUUUCGUUAAAUCUCUCCAAUAAUGUCUUACUCUAAAGUAAUACCCGCUCUGGCCAGAGUAAAGCCGGGGAAACUUCUCGGUGUAAGAUGUCGUUCUACAGUAGCAUCCACGCAGCGCAAAGAGCUGAAGACGGAUGACGCGCGGCUGGAUCCGUCCUGCACGAUAGUAGAGAAGCCGUGCGACGUGGAUCUCAUCAGUGGGAAAGCGCACACUGAUGGCCGGGCAAAGAUCUCCAUCGAUUUCGACAACACACAAGAAGCUUAUAAGAGCAAAGACACACUGGAGCUGCUCAGAAGUCUGCUGGUGUUUAAACUCUGCACCUUUGACUUUCUGAUUGACAAAAAUAAAGAGUUGAUGGACUUGAGUAAGAAGGUUCUUGGCCAGCGGCUCUUCGAGAAACUCAUGAAAAUGACCUUCUACGGGCAGUUUGUGGCGGGCGAGGACCAGAACUCCAUCAAACCUCUGAUUGAAAAGAACCAGGCGUUUGGUGUGGGCUCUGUUCUAGACUACAGCGUAGAGGAGGAUCUGACACAAGAGGAGGCGGAGAAGAAGGAGAUGGACUCCUGUGUUUCUGAAGCCGAGAAGAUGAGUCAUGGAAUGGAUCAUCGUGAGAAAAAGUACAAAGCUCAUCGUCAGUUUGGAGAUCGGCGUGGUGGGGUGAUCAGUGCUCGGACAUAUUUCUACGCAGACGAAGCCAAAUGUGACCAUCAUAUGGAGACCUUCAUCAAGUGCAUCAAAGCUUCCGCUGGAAGCUCUGUUGAUGGAUUCUCAGCUAUUAAGAUGACUGCACUGGGACGACCACAGUUCCUGCUGCAGUUCUCUGAGGUGCUGGUCAAAUGGAGGAGGUUUUUCAACCUGUUGGCAGCCCAUCAGGGGAAAGAUGGCAUGGCGAUACUCGAACAGAAGUUAGAACUGGAACAACUGCAGGACAGUUUGAUCAAACUUGGAGUUGGCGCAAAAUCAGACAUCGAGAACUGGUUUACUGGAGAGAAGCUUGGUUCAUCAGGAACCAUUGAUCUGCUGGACUGGAACAGUCUCAUCAAUGACAGAACCAAAAUCUCCAACCUGCUGGUGGUGCCUAACAUGGAGUCUGGUCACCUGGAGCCUCUGUUGAGUAAGUUCACUGAUGAAGAGGAGAAACAGAUGAAGAGGAUGCUACAGAGAAUGGACGUUCUUGCCAAGCACGCUGUAGAAAAUGGUGUGAGACUGAUGGUGGAUGCAGAACAGACAUAUUUUCAGCCAGCGAUCAGUAGACUGACCCUAGAGAUGCAGAGAAUCUUCAACAGAGAAAAACCCAACAUCUUCAACACCUACCAGUGCUAUCUUAAAGAAGCAUAUGAUAACGUGUCUGUCGAUGUGGAACUCUCGCGUCGAGAGGGCUGGUAUUUUGGCGCUAAGCUGGUUCGUGGAGCAUACAUGUAUCAAGAGAGAUCACGGGCGGCAGAGAUUGGUUACGAAGAUCCCAUCAACCCUGACUAUGACGCCACCAACAGGAUGUACCACAAGUGUUUGGAAUACAUUCUGGAAGAGAUCAACCUAAACAGGAUGGCAAAUGUCAUGGUGGCAUCUCACAAUGAGGACACAGUGAAGUUCACUCUGGAAAAAAUGAACGAGAUGGGUCUCUCUCCCACAGAGAAUAAGGUUUACUUUGGGCAGCUGCUGGGAAUGUGUGAUCAGAUCAGUUUCCCAUUGGGUCAGGCAGGAUUCCCCGUGUACAAGUAUGUUCCAUACGGUCCCGUGAACGAGGUCAUCCCGUACCUGUCCCGCCGAGCGCAGGAGAACCGCGGCUUCAUGAAGGGAUCUCAGAGAGAACGCAGCCUAUUGUGGAAAGAACUUAAACGCAGAUCCUUCAAUGGACAGCUGCUUUACAGACCUGUAUACUAAACCACGCACACAAACAUGCCAUUCAGCUGUAUUUUAAACAUCGCCCACACUGGAAAACUAUUUUAUUUAAUAGAAACCACAUCACUCACCAUCAGUCUAUUACUGCAGCACUGGAAAGUUGUAUCGACUUUUUUAAAGACUGUUUCACUGCAUCCCUGAUCAGUGUUUUAAAUAACAUCAGUGGCUUAUAAGAUGAACUAGACACCAUGAACAGCCUUCGCAGCGCAUUAAACGUUGCAACAUAAUAUUUAGUGAAAAUGAAUCAAGGACAGGACUUGAUUUUAUUCAUUCAGGUUUGAUUGGAUUGUGAAUAGUGGAAACAUGUUAGGUUGUGAAAAAGGUUGUAUAUAUUGAUAUACUGAUGGAUCAUACACGAUAAGACUAGGGACAUUAAUUAAGACUUCAAAAUAGUCCAUUUGUAUUUAAAAUAAAUAACUUUAAAUAAGUUCUUAACCAUUCCACUUUGCGUCCACCAGAGGCAGUAUUACAAGUGCCCUAAUCACUGGUAAUUGGAAUAGCAUACUUACCAUACUACUCUUGCUGUAUGUAGGCUAUAGUGUGCGCAGUAUGCAUAUUUUCUGUAUGCAUGGAAUGCCGAAAUGCGCAGUAUACAACCAGAGCGCACUGCGUAAAAUACCGUAUUCCACAAUGCAAUAUGCACGACUUCACCUUCCAUUUCAAGUGUUUUCACAUCUCUUUCUUGACAGUUUGGUAAAUCAGACUGCUAAAAGUUACGAUAUAUUUAAAUUACUUUAUUUCCGAGAUGAUAACUGGAUGCCACUCACGUUAUUGUUGCAUACUGCAUACUGUUUCACAUACUAUUAAAAAAAGUAGUAUACAGUAUGUACCACAAAGUGUGCAGUUUGCUUAUAUUCCACUUCGAAUAUAGAAAUUGUGCGUGUCAAAUCAUGUUUUUCUUUGCUUAAUAACUUUUUUGCAAUACAGGGUCCUCGGACGGCCUAUAAUAAAUGAAAGUGUUUUUCAUA